AUGACACUUGGUAGAGUACGAAAAUUUUCAACUGGUUUAUCAAAUACUCAACGUGCAUUUGAUGAUGAUAUCGAUGAUUUUGAAAUAGAUGAAAAUGAUUUUGAUGGAAAUUUUCCGGUGAUUCAUAAUGCUCCAUUUCAUAGUCAACAACGUCCAUCAUCUGUCCACCAGUCGAAUUACAACAAAAAUACCAAUACUUAUUAUACUCCUCAAUUAAAACGGAAACGUAUUCAUGAUCAAGUGGCAUCUUCUUCUCAUGAUUCAUUCACAGACCUACUGAAUGCUUUCCAAAAUACAUUGAAUGAAAUGAAUCGAAAGAUCGACUUGAUGAACCAGAGAGAAGUUGUUUUUGAGAAGAAAUUCGAAAAUGUGGAAAAAUCUCUUAGUGGCUUGUCUCGUAAAGUGAACAAGAAUCCAACACUCGGUGAACCGCCUCGUGAACUUCCUGUUAUCGAUCAUGGUGGCCGAAAUUUAUUUUCGGGACCAAUAGGUUCAACGCCAGCUCAUUUAAUGAAACGUCUCAUUAAUGAAUUAUUCACAAAAGAAGAAAUGAUGGCUCGUGAACAUGAAAAAACCAAUGAACGAACAGAAAAAAUCAAAAAAGCUGCCAAGCUGCAUUUUUUUCAAAAUGAUGAUAUUCAAGUUGCUAGUUUUUGGGAUUAUGAAGGUAAAGUUAUUCGUCAAAAUCAACGACGAGGCACGAUAUUUCGAAACAAAUUAUUCGCCGAAGAUGAUGCAUAA